AUGGCCAAAAAAACUCUAGCUGAGAAGUAUGCUGAUUUGGACCAGCCUCCAGACUUUGAUAUCGAAAAUGAGGACCUGAAUCCUUUUGCUCGUGUGGAUGCAGAAGACCUUCUGGGGUCCGAUGAGUCUGAUGAAGAGCUCAAGACAGGACACUACGUCCCUGUUGGCAAAUCCAAGCUCAGAAGUCAGAAUGGUACCUUGGUCAAGGGUGAGAAGUACAAGGGUGCUGUUGCUUCCAGAAAAGACCUUUAUGAUAGCGAUGGUGAACAAGGUCUGGAUGAUCAAGGGGAUGAUGCAAGUCAGGAUGAGAGCAUGGAUGAUGAAGAAGAGGAUGACGAGAGUGAUGAAAUUGAACACAAGAACGAUGAAGAAUAUCCAGAGGAGGAAAGUGACUCGGGGGUCUCGCUUCGGGCUAACAGCGACGAUGAAUCCAGCGGCGACGAUGAAUCUGAGGAGGAAGAGGAUGCCGACAUGAAGAGGGAUAAAAUAAAGGCUAUGAUGACUAAAGAGAGAAAACACAUUGUGAAUAGACUCUCGGAGGCCGCUACCCAGGAAGCUCUCAAGGGCUAUUCCAUCUUGCAACAGCACAAGCUCUUCGACUCUCUAAUAGAUGUCAGACUCAAGGUUCAAAAAGGUUUGACUAACUCCAAUCUUUUGCCCGGCAAUUACGACACGCUUGAGAAAGAAGAACUCGGUAACGACUCUACGGAGGAUAUGAUAGAAAAGGCAUCGGAAAAAUGUUACUCGUUGCUAGAUACGAUUUUGCAAUUGCGCUCGAAGCUUUUCGUCAAGGAGAGCGUGGUUACUGAACCUGUGGAGCACAAGCCAAAGAAGCGUACUUUGGAUCAAUAUCUUGAUGCAUCAUCCAAAUAUGACGCUAUACUCAAUGACUAUAGAAGCAACGUUCUCACGAAAUGGCUGGCCAAGAUCCAAAAUUCGUCUGGAUCGAGCGCUAUAAACGCCAGUAAAUUCAAGGCGCUCAAUCAGUCUGCAGAGCAGCAAGUGAUGAACAACUUGGCUGACAUGGAGCGUCUUGUCAAGAGAACCAAGCUCAACAGAAGACUGUUGAAGCCUUUGGGCUACGAAUUCUACGAAGCAUCGAAAAAAGAGAAUGAAGAGCUGGAAAGUGAAGGUGAAGGCGAUGGUGACGUCCCCAAGGCGUCUCAGGGUAGACUGCUCAAUGUCCAGGAGAUGGAACUGAUUUUUGACGAUGAAGAUUUCUACAGAGUGUUAUUGAACGACUUGGUCGACAAAAAGAUUCAGUCUUCGGACCCAACCUCUGGAUUACAGUUUGCCAUGAGAGGUGCCGCAUCAGCCAAGGUCAAGAAAAAUGUCGAUAACAAGGCAUCCAAGGGUAGGAAAUUGAGGUAUCAUGUGCAAGAGCCUAUUGCCAACUUCGAGACGCCACAGUCGGUGCUCAAGUGGGAAGAUGACCAAAUUGACGAGUUUUUUGCUUCGCUUUUAGGUCAAAAAGUUAGCAUGAAGGAGGAACUCUCGGAAGACGAAGCCGAAGAAGAGCCUCUUGUGGGAGACAACACCAUCAAGUUGUUUGGGUAA